UACCAUUACCCUGUUCUUAAGAUCUUCUACGUGCAGCUUUCAGUGGGGAGUCAUGAGUUCAUUGGGGAAGGACGCACCCGCCAGGCAGCGAGACACAACGCUGCCAUGAAAGCCCUACAAGCCCUGCGCAAUGAACCCAUUCCCGAACGGCCACCGCAGAGUCCAGAAGAAAAAGGUGAGGAAGGUGAAGAAGGGGAUGCCAGCAAAUCAGAGAUCAGCUUGGUCUAUGAAAUCGCCCUGAAGAGGAACUUGUCUGUGAAUUUUGAGGUGCUUAAGGAAAGCGGGCCACCGCACAUGAAGAGCUUCCUGACCCGCGUCACUGUUGGGGAGUUCUCCGCCGAGGGCGAGGGCAACAGCAAAAAGUUGUCCAAGAAGCGCGCCGCUCUGUCCAUCCUUCAGGACCUCAAAAAGCUGCCGUUCAUACCAACAGUGGAGAAACCCAAGACACACUACAAGAAACGCACUAAGACUAUCCUCAAGACGGGACCGGACUACGGUCAGGGCAUGAACCCGAUCAGCCGUUUAGCCCAAAUCCAGCAGGCCAAGAAAGAGAAGGAGCCCGAGUACCAGCUACUCUCUGAGAGAGGGAUGCCCCGACGUCGAGAGUUCAUCAUGCAGGUGAAGGUGAAUAAUGAGGUUGCCACGGGAACAGGACCCAACAAGAAGGUGGCCAAGCGGAACGCUGCGGAGGCGAUGCUGCUCCAGCUGGGAUACAAGGCUUCCACAGUCUCUCCAAGCCCCACAGAGAUGGACAACAAAAGCUGGAACGGACAAAAGGCGUCUUUUACCGAAGCGACAACUCAGAAGGGUCUGCUCCACCUCAGCCCUGAUGUGUAUCAGGAGAUGGAGGCCAGCAGAAAACAGAGCAGCAGUGCACCAGGCUCCGGGAGCAGCGGUGGAGGAUCUGUCAACUACAUGACAUCCAAAGACUUGGGGCCCUGCUCGGCUCCUCUACCCCCUGGACAUCCUCCGUAUUACAGCGGCUCUUCCUCUUCUCCCAGCCCGACUGCUACCAUGGCCAGGGAGCUGCUACUUAAUGGCCAGUCACCCACCGGCGAUUCAUCACUGACCAUGAAGGGAAAAAGCGUGGCCUGUGGCGCCUCAGUGCAACCAGCACAGCAGCUGGACUACCUGGCUCGCAUCCAGGGUUUCCAGGUGCAGUACAGUGAUGCACAGAGUGGUAAGGACUUUGUGACCUAUCUGACCCUCUCCCCAGUGCAAAUGACCUUCCACGGCACUGGGAGCACCCUCCAAGCCAGCCAUGACCAGAUUUAUAUUCACAGCUGUUCAAAAGCUUUUCUUUCGAUCAGUGAGCUCAGCAGUGGUUUGUCCAGGUGUGCUGCUGCAGGCUUCUCUGAAUUC